AUGUCGGGGCUGCACCUGGCGAAGAGGGGCCGCGAGCACAGGAAGAUGGACCUGCAACGGGACUUCACCGUCGCCUCGCCGGCAGAGUUCGUCACCCGCUUCGGGGGCAACUGCGUCAUUGAGAAGGUCCUCAUCGCCAACAAUGGCAUCGCUGCCGUCAAGUGCAUGCGCUCCAUCCGCCGGUGGGCCUACGAGAUGUUCCGAAACGAGCGUGCGAUUCGGUUCGUGGUCAUGGUCACCCCCGAAGACCUCAAGGCUAAUGCAGAGUACAUCAAGAUGGCAGAUCACUAUGUGCCCGUCCCCGGGGGAGCCAACAACAACAACUACGCCAACGUCGAGCUGAUUGUGGACAUUUCCAAACGGAUCCCAGUCCAGGCGGUGUGGGCUGGCUGGGGACAUGCCUCGGAAAACCCCAAGCUGCCGGAGCUGCUGCAGAAAAAUGGGAUAGCUUUCCUAGGACCCCCCAGCCAUGCCAUGUCGGCACUGGGGGACAAAGUCGCCUCCACCAUUGUGGCUCAGACGGUCCAGAUCCCCACACUGCCGUGGAGCGGGAGUGGUCUGGUGGCCCAGUGGUCCGAGGAGGACCAGAAGCAUCAGCAGAUGAUCAGCAUCCCCCUCGAGACGUACAGACAGGGCUGUGUGAAGGAUGUGGAGGAAGGUUUGGAGGUGGCCAAGAGGAUCGGCUACCCUCUGAUGAUCAAGGCAGCAGAAGGUGGCGGGGGCAAAGGCAUCCGAAAAGUGGAGGCAGUGGAGGAGUUUGGCACCUGCUUUCGGCAGGUGCAGGCAGAGGCGCCUGGAUCUGCCAUCUUCCUGAUGAAGCUGGCAGAGCGCGCACGGCACCUGGAGGUGCAGGUGCUGGCGGAUGGGUAUGGCAACGCCAUCUCCCUCUUCGGCCGUGACUGCUCCAUCCAGCGCAGGCACCAGAAGAUCAUCGAAGAGGCACCCGUCACCAUCGCGGCACCCUCCGUCAUCGAGGUGAUGGAGCAGUGUGCGAUCCGCCUGGCCCAGAUGGUGGGCUACGUGAGCACGGGCACCGUUGAGUACCUCUACGGUGAGGACGGGAUCUUCUACUUCCUCGAGCUGAACCCACGCCUGCAAGUGGAGCACCCUUGCACAGAGAUGAUCGCAGAUGUGAACCUUCCUGCUGCCCAGCUGCAGAUUGCAAUGGGCAUCCCCUUGCACAGGAUAAAAGACAUCCGGCUGCUGUACGGGGAGAGCCCCUGGGGUGAAACGCCCAUCUGCUUCUGCAGCCCCACCAACGCCCCCGUGCCCAGGGGUCACGUCAUCGCCGCCCGGAUCACUAGCGAGAACCCUGAGGAGGGUUUCAAGCCCAGCUCGGGGACGGUGCAGGAGCUGAACUUUCGCAGCAGUAAGAACGUCUGGGGGUACUUCAGUGUGGCAGCGGCCGGAGGGCUCCACGAAUUUGCUGAUUCCCAGUUUGGGCACUGCUUCUCGUGGGGAGAGAACCGGGAGGAGGCCAUCUCGAACAUGGUGGUCGCCCUGAAAGAGCUGUCUAUCCGUGGGGAUUUCCGCACCACAGUGGAGUAUCUGAUUAAGCUGCUGGAGACAGAGAGCUUCCAGAACAACGAGAUAGACACCAGCUGGCUGGACCAUCUGAUCGCCGAGAAAGUGCAGGCAGAGAAGCCAGACACGAUGCUGGGUGUCGUCUGCGGCGCCCUGAACGUGGCGGAUGCUGCCUUCAGGACGUGCAUGACUGACUUCUUGCACUCGCUGGAGAGGGGGCAGGUGCUGCCGGCAGCCUCCUUGCUGAACAUCGUCGAUGUGGAGCUCAUCUAUGAAGGUGUGAAGUACAUUCUCCAGGUUGCUCGCCAGUCCCUGACGACAUACGUGAUCAUCAUGAACAGCACCCACAUAGAGAUAGAUGUGCACCGGCUGAACGACGGCGGGCUGCUGCUCUCCUAUGACAGCAACAGCUACACCACCUACAUGAAGGAGGAGAUUGACAGAUAUCGGAUCACCAUCGGCAACAAAACGUGUGACUUCGAGAAGGAGAAGGACCCAACGGUGCUGCGCUCACCCUCUGCGGGGAAGCUGCUGCAGUACACAGUGGAAGAUGGUGGCCACGUGGCCGAGGGGAAUGUUUUUGCGGAGAUUGAGGUGAUGAAAAUCAUCAUGACGCUGAUGGUGGAGGAGGCCGGGCGGGUGCACUAUGUCAAGCGGCCAGGUGCGCAGCUGGAAGUGGGUUGCGUCAUAGCCCGGCUCGAGCUGGACGAUCCCACCAAAGUAAAGCCUGCACAGACAUUCAUGGGGGGGCUCCCGGCCCAGCAGACCCUCCCCAUCACAGGUGAGAAGCAGCACCAGGUUCUCCGCAAUGUGUUAGACAAUCUCACCAACAUCAUGAACGGGUACUGCCUGCCCGAGCCCUACUUCAGCACCAAGGUGAAGGAGUGGGUGACACAGCUGAUGAAUACCCUGCGGGAUCCCUCCCUGCCCCUCUUGGAGCUGCAGGAGAUCAUGACAAGCAUCUCGGGAAGAAUCCCCCUCUCCGUGGAGAAGUCGAUCCGGAAGGUGAUGGCGCAGUACGCCAGCAACAUCACCUCCGUGCUCUGCCGCUUCCCCAGCCAGCAGAUCGCCAACGUGCUGGACACCCAUGCGGCUACGCUGCAGAGGAAGGCUGAGCGGGAGGUCUUCUUCAUGAACACGCAGAGCUUGGUGCAGCUGGUGCAGAGGUACCGCAGCGGCAUCCGUGGCUACAUGAAGGCAGUGGUGCUGGACUUGCUACGGCGCUACCUGCAAGUGGAGACACAGUUCCAGCAUGCUCACUAUGACAAGUGUGUCAUCAGCCUGCGGGAGCAGUGCAAACCUGACAUGACCCCCGUGCUGGAAAGCAUCUUCUCUCAUGCCCAGGUGGCAAAGAAGAACCUGUUGGUGACCAUGUUAAUUGACCAGCUGUGUGGCCAUGACUCCACGCUGACGGAUGAGCUGAUGGCCAUCCUCCACGAGCUGACACAGCUCAGCAAGACCGAGCACUCCAAAGUGGCACUGAGAGCCCGGCAGGUGCUCAUCGCCUCUCACCUGCCCUCCUACGAGCUGCGGCACAACCAAGUAGAGUCCAUUUUCCUUUCUGCUAUCAACAUGUACGGACACGAGUACUGCCCUGAGAACCUGAAGAAACUGAUCCUUUCAGAAACCACCAUCUUCGAUGUUCUUCCUGCCUUCUUCUACCACAGCAACCAGGUGGUGCGCAUGGCAGCGCUGGAGGUGUACGUGCGGCGUGGGUACAUCGCCUACGAGCUGAACAGCCUGCAGCACCGGCAGCUCUCGGAUGGCACCUGCCUGGUGGAGUUCCAGUUCAUGCUGCCCUCCUCCCACCCAAACAGGAUGUCCAUCCCCAUCAGCAUCUCUAACCCUGACCUGGACCGGCACAGCACCGAGCUCUUCAUGGACAGUGGCUUUUGUCCCCCGAGCCAGCGGAUGGGAGCUAUGGUGGCCUUCGACAGAUUUGAGGAUUUCACAAGGAACUUCAAUGAAGUGAUCUCUUGCUUCGCCGACCCGCCUUCAGAGAGCGUGCUCUUCAGUGAGGCGCGAGCCACCAUCUAUGAAGAGGAGGACACCAAGAACGUCCGUGAGGAGCCAAUCCACAUCCUCAACAUUGCGCUCCGUUGGGCUGACUGCAUGGAAGAUGAGAAGCUGGUGCCCAUCUUCAGAGCCUUUGCCCAGUCCAAGAAAAAUGUCCUUGUUGACUGUGGUCUCCGGAGAAUCACGUUUCUCAUUGCCCAGCAGAGAGAAUUCCCGAAGUUUUUCACAUUCCGAGCCAGGGACGAGUUUGCAGAGGACCGUAUCUACCGGCACCUGGAGCCGGCACUCGCCUUCCAGCUGGAGCUGAGCCGCAUGCGCAACUUUGACCUGACGGCCAUUCCCUGCGCCAACCACAAGAUGCAUCUCUACCUGGGGGCUGCCAAAGUGCAGGCAGGUGCCGAGACCACCGACUACCGCUUCUUCAUCCGCGCCAUCGUGCGCCACUCGGACCUCAUCACCAAGGAGGCGUCCUUCGAGUACCUGCAGAAUGAGGGUGAGCGGCUGCUCCUGGAAGCGAUGGAUGAGCUGGAGGUGGCCUUCAACAAAACCGCUGUCCGCACCGACUGCAACCACAUCUUCCUCAACUUUGUCCCGACAGUCAUCAUGGACCCCUCCAAGAUCGAGGAGUCGGUGCGGUCCAUGGUGAUGCGCUACGGCAGCCGCCUCUGGAAGCUGCGUGUCCUGCAGGCUGAGGUGAAGAUCAACAUCCGCCUGACGCCCACUGCCACCGCCAUCCCCAUCCGCCUCUUCCUGACCAACGAGUCCGGCUACUACCUGGACAUCAGCCUCUACAAGGAAGUGAGGGACUCCAGCACUGGCAGUAUCAUGUUCCAGUCAUAUGGGGACAAGCAAGGGCUGCAGCACGGGAUGCUCAUCAACACCCCGUACGUCACCAAGGACCUGCUGCAGGCCAAGCGGUUCCAGGCGCAGUCCUUGGGCACCACCUACGUGUAUGACUUCCCAGAGAUGAUCAGGCAGGCUCUUUUCAAGCUGUGGGGCUCCUCGGAGCUGUACCCCAAGGACAUCCUGACGUACACUGAGCUGGUGCUGGACUCGCAGGGGCAGCUUGUGCAGAUGAACAGGGUCCCUGGAGGGAACGAGGUGGGGAUGGUUGCUUUCAAAAUGAAGCUGAAGACCCCCGAGUAUCCGAAAGGCCGGGACAUCGUGCUUAUCUGCAACGACAUCACGCACAAGAUCGGCUCCUUCGGGCCGGAGGAGGACCUGGUCUUCCUGCGGGCCUCCGAGCUGGCGCGGUCCGAAGGCAUCCCCCGCAUCUACAUUGCCGCCAACAGCGGCGCCCGCAUCGGCUUUGCCGACGAGAUAAAACACAUGUUCCAGGUGGCCUGGGUGGACCCUGAGGACCCCUACAAGGGAUUCAAGUACCUGUACCUGACUCCCCAGGACUACACGAGGAUCAGCACCACGAACUCGGUGCACUGUGAGCAUGUGGAGGAAGGAGGCGAGUCCAGGUAUGUCCUCCUGGACAUCAUUGGGAAGGACAAUGGAUUUGGGGUGGAAAACCUGAGAGCGGCCGGUACCAUCGCUGGGGAGUCCUCUCGCGCUUACGACGAAAUAGUGACCAUCAGCAUGGUGACCUGUCGUGCCAUCGGGAUUGGCGCGUACCUGGUGAGGCUGGGCCAGCGUGUCAUCCAGGUGGAGAACUCCCACAUCAUCCUCACUGGUGUCACAGCCCUCAAUAAGGUGUUGGGACGUGAAGUUUAUACAUCCAAUAACCAGCUGGGAGGUGUGCAGAUCAUGCACAAUAACGGUGUUUCCCAUGUCACUGUCCCAGAUGACUUUGAGGGGGUCUACACCAUCCUGCAGUGGCUCUCGUACAUGCCCAAGGAUAACCAGAGCCCGGUGCCCAUCACUGCCAUAAGUGACCCCAUUGACAGAGAAAUUGAUUUUGUCCCUUCCAAAGUCCCCUACGAUCCCAGGUGGAUGCUGGCAGGGAGACCCCAUCCAACUCUCAAGGGGACCUGGCAGAGUGGCUUCUUCGACCAGGGCAGCUUUCUGGAGAUCAUGAGGCCGUGGGCUCAGACAGUUGUGGUCGGCAGAGCAAGGCUGGGAGGUCUCCCUGUGGGUGUCAUCGCCGUUGAGACCCGCACCGUGGAGGUGACGAUACCUGCGGACCCCGCCAACCCAGAGUCAGAGGCAAAGAUAGUCCAGCAGGCAGGGCAGGUCUGGUUUCCAGAUUCUGCUUUUAAAACAGCCCAGGCCAUUCGGGACUUCAACCGGGAGCAUCUCCCGCUGAUGAUCUUCGCCAACUGGCGAGGCUUCUCCAGCGGCAUGAAAGACAUGUACAACCAAAUGCUGAAGUUCGGCGCCUUCAUUGUCGAUAGCCUCCGGGAUUUUAAGCAACCUGUCCUGGUCUACAUCCCACCGCAUGCGGAGCUGCGGGGAGGCUCCUGGGUGGUCAUCGACUCCACCAUCAACCCCCUGUAUGUGGAGCUCUACGCAGACAAGGAGAGCAGGGGAGGAAUUUUGGAGCCUGGAGGAACAGUGGAGAUCAAGUUCAGAAAGAAAGAUUUGGUAAAGACCAUGAGAAGGAUUGAUACGGUCUAUGGCAAGCUCGUUGAACAGCUGGGUAAGGGAAUGAUGUUCUGGCUUGGACCCCCCGAGCUGUCCGAGGCGCAGCGCAGGGAGCUGGAGCAGCAGCUCAAGGCCCGGGAGGAGCUCCUCCUACCCAUCUACUACCAGGUGGCUGUGCACUUCGCUGACCUGCACGACACCCCGGGCCGCAUGCAGGAGAAAGGUGUCAUCACGGAUAUCCUGGAGUGGAAGAACGCCCGCACCUUCCUCUACUGGCGGCUGCGACGGCUGCUGCUGGAGGAGGUGGUGAGGGCGGAGGUCUUGAAGGCAAACAGCGAGCUGAGCCACAUCCACAUUCAGUCCAUGCUACGGCGCUGGUUCAUGGAGACAGAAGGAGCCACCAAGGGCUACCUCUGGGACAACAACCAGGUGGUGGUGGAGUGGCUGGAGAAGCACAUGCAAGAGAAUGAUGGCACCCGGUCGGCCAUCUGGGAGAACAUCAAGUACCUGAAGCGGGACUACGUGCUCAAGCACAUCCGGAGUUUGAUCCAAGCCAACCCCGAGGUGGCCAUGGACUGCGUCAUCCAGACAGCCCAGCACAUCACCCGUGCGCAGAAGGCCCAGGUUGCCCAUCUCCUGUCGACAGUGGAUAAUGACAGCCCUCCUUGAGCUGGUGGCCAGCGGCGUGCAGGGCAAUCGCCGUGGGGCAGGACAUGCUUCUACUCACAGGCCAGACCUCAUCUCCCCACCUGGUUCCUCAGCCAUUGAACUGAUGCCUUCAACUCUUACCCGUGUGCCUAAAUAAGAGUGCCGGUGUUUGUAUUUUAAGCUGUGAAGAUGGUGUUGCCAUCCGUGCAAAGUUCCCUCUGGCACUGGGGCUGUUUGUCAGAGGGGCAGCUUGGCAGAAAAACUUGUCCUGACCCAAGUCUGGAGUCUGGACCUGGUGCAGAAGUUGGUUUUAAACAGAAUCUAAAAUCUUUUGAUGUGUUUUAAUCACAAGCCCUGGUCUUAGCCUUUAAAGCAGGCACCAGUGUCAGAUGUAUCUCAUGAGACGGGACGGAGCUGGAAGUACAAACUGGCCGAGGCACCACAGGCGAGCAGGAUGAGGGAGGAGGUGUCCCUAUGGCCGUGUUGAGGCUGAGCAGGCACUGGCACAAGGAAAUGUAAACCCUUCUUCAGAAGCAGUCCCAAAGCGAUGUUUUAUAAGAAACUCAGGAACUGUGAGAAGCAAUUUGCCUCAUCCUUCCCCUUGUUGGGGAACAAUCUGUAGAUGUCACUAUGAGUAGCUGGUGGUCCAGAAAAGACAUCAGUGACCGUGCUGGGAGCUGUUGAAGCAAGAACAUCAAUGGACCCACCAUGGUUUGACUGACCCAACUGUUCCUCUUGCCUGUCUCAUGUCCUUUCUGGCUUCUGCCACCACUCCUUUGGGUGCUUUCAGCCUGCAGAGAACAGAAAGGAGGGGAACACGGCUCUAGGUGCUCCUGCCCCAGCAACCUGGCUCCUCUGCUGAAGCACAGGAGCCAGGGUGAACUGUCUGCUCAGACCUGUACCUUGCUUCUCAGGUGGUCUUUAAUCAGCUUGGGUCAUGGAGGGACAAUUUAUGUGUUUUCCAGUGCCUCUGGCCGUGCCAGUGCAUCAUUUCACCGGCACAGGCUUGGCUUUGGCUGGCAAAGGGGGAGGCAGGCUGGCGAUGGAAGGUGGGACACCUGGUGCAAGUGCAGUGCUGGUAUUGCCGCGGUGUGGAGGUGUUGGACACCUCCUUGGUUAUGCCUGGGCUGGGGGGUCUCACCAGGGUCCGUGGGGGAUGUCUCCCUGUCCUGGGGAUGGGGGUGGAAAGGGUGUUAGGAGAUGCUUUCUGGUUUGCAAGGUGUCACUGCACGUUGUGAGGGAAGGGGGUGCUGAUGCUUGCCGUACAGGAGCCAAACCACCACCA